CUCUUUUAUUAUUUUACUUAUACAUACAUAUUAACAUGUCUAGUUCACUAAUAACACAUGCCUUCAAGCACAUCCCUGUUAUCUGUUGUAGACCGUUCACAAGAUACAGAUGCAAGACAAAACGCAACCCACACAACCUACGGCCGCUUUGCACUUCAACACCUGCUCCACUCUCGUUCUCAGUGGGACUCUGGAACUGCCAGUCUGCUGUGAACAAAGCUGCCUUCAUUCCAGCUUUCGCCACGCAGUCCACCCUCAGCAUCCUGGCACUGACAGAGACAUGGAUACGUCCUGAGGAUACAGCAACACCUGCUGCUCUCUCCAACAACUUCUCCUUCUCCCACACCCCUCGACAUACUGGUAGGGGUGGGGGAACAGGUCAGCUGACAAGCUUUCUUGAGGAAUUGGAUGUCCUGCUGUCCUCCUUGCCAGAGGAUGGCAGGCCACUUGUGGUUCUUGGUGAUUUCAACAUACACCAGGACAAACCCCAGGCCAUUGAACUGAAUACUCUUCUGGCCUCAUUUGACUUGGAAAGACUACACACCACAGCAACUCACAGGUCGGGCAACCAGCUGGACCUCAUUUUUACACACCAGCACGGACUACACCACCCAGCCCCUGGCUGUCUGACGUCCUUCGUGAACAUCGGACUGAUCUCAGGGCAGCUGAGAGGAGAUGGCGGAAAUCUAAAGAUCCAGCUGAUCUAGCCCAACGACACCACAGUGACCGUUCGAAUCGCUGCCUGUCUGGCAGACAUCUCGGCCUGGAUGAAGGAACACCACCUUCAACUCAACCCUGCCAAGACCGAACUCCUUGUCUUUCC